GCGAUCAGCUGGGCAGAUCCCCUAUGCACCCUCCCCCAGCGGCCCUUUCACCCAGAUGCGCAAAACGGGGCGCUUGGGAGACACUCACCAGAUUUCAUAAGUAUCCACAAAUGCGCCGCUUUCGGCCCCCAAGUGAGAGGGCAGGCAGGAAGAGACUUUGCAGGGAGGGGCUUUGGCUCUCCUCCUCCUCCUUCCCAAAUUCCCUUCCCCUCUAGGAACCCUGUAUUAACCCAUAGACAGCCAAGCUGCGGGAUCACCUCCUCCUCUCUCUCUGCGUCUUUCUCAAAGCAGGAGCCAAAGAAGAAUCUUGCACUACACACACAGAUGGGAGUUUUGGGCUUUCCUGGGCCAGUUGAGACUCCCGACACUUCAGGUUCUCAAACGAAGCCGGCUAUUCAACGGGGAGAGGGGGUGGAUAAGGAGAAGGUAAAUGUACUGCCUUCAAGUCGAUUCCGACUUAUGGCGACCCUCUGAAUAGGGUUUUCAUGAGGCUGAGACUGGCCCAAGGUCACCCAGUGAGCUCCAUAGCUAUGUGGAGAUUCGAACCCUGGCCACCCAGGUCCUAGUCCAACACCGUAACCACUACAAAACAGCCUCAUUUAUUGCACGUGAUAUUGUAGAGUUGGAAACGGUUCAGAAGAGGGCAACCAGAAUGAUCGAGGGGACGGAGCGACUUGCCUAUGAAGAAAGGUUGCAACAUUUGGAGCUUUUCAGUUCAGAGAAAAGGACUUGGUAGCCCCUCUGAUUAGGACAGCCUUAGGCUUGAGACAGAAAUCGGCAGGAGACGAAGGAGUUCCUUUGGUCCUGUUGGAGGCUCCUGUAGCACACAGAUUAUAGAUGGAGGAGGAAGACUCGGCUGUCCCUGAAACAGGAAGAGGUCCCCAUAUCACCCAGGCUGGGACCAGUGGGGGCUUCUGGGAAAGAACCAUGCAGAAGCUCCUGGGUGAGGAGGACACCCUCAGCUCAGAUGUGGAGAGCCAGCAGUUUAGGCAUUUCCACUACCAGGAGUCCCGAGGGCCCCGAGAGGUUUGCAGCCAACUUCACCAUCUCUGCCGUCAAUGGCUGAAGCCAGAAAGACGUACGAAAAAUCAGAUUCUGGACUUGGUGGUCCUGGAGCAGUUCCUGGCUGUCCUUCCACCGGAGAUGGAGAGCUGGGUGAGGGAAUGUGGAGCGGAGACCAGUUCCCAGGCAGUGGCCCUAGCCGAAGGUUUCCUCUUGAGCUGGGCAGAGGACAUGAAGCAGGCAGAGCAGCAGGGAAAGGAUCUGUUUGCAAAGAUGGUCAUUGAUGUCCCUGAGGCAGAGAGGACUCCGUCGGACACUAGAGAGAGGCCACUGGGUGAUGAAAUGAUGCCAGCAAGACCUCUUCAGCCGUCUCUUCUUUGUGGUCGAGGGGAAGCAGCUUCUGUGGCACUGGAUCAGGGUCCCGUGUCCUUUGAGGAUGUGGCCGUGCAUUUCACAGAGGAGGAGUGGGCCCUGCUGGAUCCUGACCAGAGAGCUCUGCAUAAGCAAGUCACAGAGGAGAAUUGUGCGGUUGUCGUCUCUCUUGAGGGUGGCAAAUUGGAUACCAAGAAUAUGGGAGACAAUGACAAAAUCCACACAGUGGAGAAGCCAUAUAAAUAUUUAGAAUGUGAACAGAGUUUCAAUCAGAGCUCUGAUCAAAGAAUUCACACCAGGGGAAACCAGUGUUUGGUAUGUGGAAAGAGUUUCAGCUGCAAGAGAAAUCUCACUUCCCAUCAAAUAAUUCAUAUAGGGGAGAAACUACACCAGUGCUUUGAAUGUGGAAAGAUCCUCACUUGCAAAGAAUGUCUCACUUCUCAUCAAAGAAUUCACACAGAGGAGAAACUUUAUAAAUGCUUGGAAUGUGGAAAGAGCUUCAGGUACAGGUUUCAUCUCACUUCCCAUCGAAGAACUCACAGUGGAGAGAAAGCCUAUCAAUGCUUGGAAUGUGGAAAGAGCUUCCAAGGCAGCUCCACUUUUACUUUCCAUGAAAGAAUUCACAGCGGGGAUAAACCACAUCAGUGCAUAGAAUGUGGAAAGAGCUUCAGCUGGAAGAAACGUCGCACUUCUCAUCAAAGAAUGUACACAGGGAAGAAAACAUAUCAGUGCUUAGAAUGUGGAAAGAGCUUCAGUUGGAGCGACCAUCUAACUGUUCAUCAAAAAAAUCAUACAGGGGGAAAACCAUAUAAAUGCUUGGAAUGUGGAAAGAGCUUUAGUCGAAGCAACCAUCUCACUGUCCAUCAAAGAAUUCAUUCAGGGGAGAAACCAUACCAAUGCUCAGAAUGUCAAAAGAGAUUCAGGCGGAGCCACCAUCUCACUGUCCAUCAAAGAAUUCACAAUGGGAGGAAACCAUAUCAGUGCUUAGAAUGUGGAAAGAGCUUUAGUCGGAAGGAUUGUCUCACUGUCCAUCAAAGAAUUCAUACAGGGGAGAAGCCGUAUAAAUGCUUGGAAUGUGGAAAGAGCUUCAAUCAGAGUUACUAUCUCACAUCCCAUCAAAGAAUUCACAAUGAGAAGAAACCAUAUCAGUGUUUGGAAUGUGGAAAGAGCUUUAGUCGGAAGGAUUGUCUCACUUCCCAUCAAAGAAUUCAUACAGGGGAGAUGCCGUAUCAGUGCUUGGAAUGUGGAAAGAGUUUUAGUCGGAAGGAUUAUCUCACUUCCCAUCAAAGAAUUCACAAUGGGUGGAAACCAUAUCAGUGUUUGGAAUGUGGAAAGAGCUUUAGUCGGAAGGAUGGUCUCACUGUCCAUCAAAGAAUUCAUACAGGGGAGAAGCCGUAUGAAUGCUUGGAAUGUGGAAAGAGCUUCAAUCAGCGUUACUAUCUCACUGUCCAUCAAAUAAUUCACAAUGGGAGGAAACCAUAUCAGUGCUUGGAAUGUGGAAAGAGCUUUAGUCGGAAGGAUGGUCUCACUGUCCAUCAAAGAAUUCAUACAGGGGAGAAGCCGUAUGAAUGUUUGGAAUGUGGAAAGAGCUUCAAUCAGAGUUACUAUCUCACUUCCCAUCAAAGAAUUCACAAUGAGAAGAAACCAUAUCAGUGCUUGGAAUGUGGAAAGAGCUUUAGUCGGAAGGAUGGUCUCACUUCCCAUCAAAGAAUUCAUACAGGGGAGAUGCCGUAUCAGUGCUUGGAAUGUGGAAAGAGCUUUAGUCGGAAGGAUUAUCUUACUUCCCAUCAAAGAAUUCAUACAGGGGAGAUGCCAUAUCAGUGCUUGGAAUGUGGAAACAGCUUUAGUCGGAAGGAUUAUCUCACUUCCCAUCAAAGAAUUCAUGUAGGAGAAAAACCAUAAAAGUGCUGGUGGUUUCUAGAGCUCACAAGGCUGCUAGGAGGUCAAGGAGGUGUGGCCAAGUUCUGGCUUUCUUCCCAUCGUUCCCUUUUGCAAAUUUACUGUGGACACUUAAGCAUAGCAGUUGUACAAAUACUCAGCAUCUAACCAAACUGAAAGGUGUCUCACUUUGCUUCAGAAGGGCUUCCUCCUGUCACUGUUUGUUCAUUGUUGAUUCGGCCAGAUAGGCGA